UGAGUUGCAACAUCACCUUUCUGACUGCAGUUGCUGUUGGAUGGAAGUGGCUCUCCGGUGAUAUAGGGCAGGAGUAUUUGGGUUGUUUACCGUUCUGAUUGGGACUAGGGUCAAUAGCUUGUAUGGGCGGUCUCUACCCCAGGUUUCUCCAAUUACACAAAAGACACGCAAUAAAACCACAUCAUAUCUCAAUAGUUGCUUUAUCGAUAUUCGAUGCUUUUCCACGCAUACCCAGAAGAGCAGCGGGACCUGCGUUGGGUCUCAGCGACUCUAACGACAAUCGCAACCCUGCUGUUGCUCUGCAGACUGUCAGCGACCGUCAAGAACAGAGGAUGGCUAGGACUGGAAGAUGGGCUGGUGAUAGCAGCUAACGUGUUCCUCAUCAUAUUCACAGCCAUGAUAUACGAAGCAACAAUACAUGGAUUUGGCAUGCGAAUCGUCGACAUCAAACGCUCAGGUGGAGAUCUCAAAACAGCGAUGAAGUUCUUUUGGCUGACACAGUCCUUCUACAUACUCACUAAUGGCUUCAACAAGAUGGCCUUCGUCGCCUUGUACUAUCGGAUCUUCCCGCUGUCACGUUUUCGGCAAGCCUGCAUGGUCUUGAUGGGUGUAUCCAUCGGCUGGACUGUGUCAUAUCUGUUCGUCAUCAUCUUCCAGUGUACGCCGGUACCCCGUGUGUACGACCGGACCAUACCAGGGACCUGUAUCAAUUUCUUCUGGCAACGCUGGUCAAACGCAGUCUCCAACCUCCUCACCGACAUAUCCGUCUUCAUCCUCCCAAUACCGGUCCUCGUGCGGCUCAACAUGUCCAUCGGGUCUCGCAUCGGCUUGGUCAUGCUGUUCUGUAUUGGCUUCUUCAUCUGCCUGACGACAGCGCUGCGCAUGGCGACACUGCCACUCACCCUCAGAACCAAUGAACCGUCGUGGGAGUCUGCACCAACGAAUCUUUGGAGUUUCAUCGAGUCUGCUACAGGUGUCAUCUGCGCGUGCUUGAUCAGUCUCCGACAGAGUGUUUGUGCGCUGUGGCCGAAGAGGUGGCGAAGUCGCAAGGGGACGUCGUCCGGGCAGUGUCGAUACUGCAACAGUGAUGGUCCCAGCAUAAUUGGGUCGGGACAUUCGCAACAACGCGACGGUACAGGGGCUGGCAAUACAAGCGGUUAUCGUAUGGGAGAUGUUACAGGCUCCAGGAAGGGUGUGCGAGAGACGUAUGCUUCGACUAGUCCAAGCGAAAGUCAAGAGCAGAUCGUUGGACGCGCGAAGACUGAGGCACAUGUCACGACCACCAUGGAUGGGCGCAAGAGCGUGAGUGAGAGUGAUGACUUGGAUCUGCAAGGUAUCAAGGUGACCACUGACUUUCAGGUGGUAAGAGACUGA